ACAUGCGCAGUCGCUCUCGUCUCGGUAAGGAGCAAAGAUGGCGUGUUCCGCGGCUCGCAGCUCCGCACGCUGGAUCUCAGCGGCCGUGUCCUCCAGCCACAGCCGGGCAUGCUCACCCUUCAUUCCCCGAGCGGAUGGAGCCUACAGGGGCUUCAAGAGCCUGUCAGGCCGGCAGAUGUGGACGACACGCGGCGGGCUCUCCGGAGGAGCCGGGGCUGCGGUGACAUUGAGCGGCAUGACAGCUAUAGGCUCUUCGCACGUCGUCUGUAAGAUGUCAUUUCACACCAGCGCUCCUUCAAGAAAACAAGACUUCUACCAGAUUUUAGGAGUUCCUCGCUCGGCAACGCAGAAAGAGAUCAAGAAAGCUUAUUACCAGAUGGCCAAAAAGUAUCACCCAGACACUAAUAAAGAAGACCCUCAAGCUAAGGAAAAGUUUGCACAGCUAGCGGAAGCCUAUGAGGUUCUCAGUGACGAGGUAAAGAGGAAACAGUACGACACGUACGGUUCUGCAGGGUUUGAUGCGGGUCGCGCCGGUGCGGGACAUCAGCAGUAUUGGGGUGGAGGGACCAGCAUUGACCCGGAGGAGCUUUUCCGCAAGAUUUUUGGCGAGUUUUCUGGCGCUCAGGGCUUUGGGGAUUUCAACGCCAUCUUCAAUCAGCCACAAGAGUAUGUGAUGGAGCUGACAUUCGCUCAGGCUGCUAAAGGAGUGAAUAAGGAGAUCACAGUGAACAUCGAGGGCACGUGUCAGCGGUGUGACGGCAGAGGACAUGAGCCUGGGUCUAAAGUCCAGCACUGCGGAAAUUGUAAUGGCACCGGCAUGGAGACGGUGAACACGGGACCCUUCGUGAUGCGCUCCACCUGCCGGCGCUGUGGAGGGAGAGGUUCGGUCAUCACAUCACCCUGUAUCGCCUGUCGAGGGACGGGACAAACCAAACAAAGGAAAACCGUCACGGUGCCCGUUCCUGCUGGUAUUGAGGAUGGGCAGACGGUGCGAAUGCCUGUUGGGAAGAAAGAGAUUUUCAUUACGUUCAAAGUCCAGAAGAGUCCGAUCUUCAGGAGAGACGGUGCUGACAUUCACUCUGACGUCAUGAUCUCUGUGGCUCAGGCCAUCCUGGGUGGCACCAUCAGAGCGCAAGGACUUUACGAGACCAUCAAUCUCUCGAUCCCAGUUGGAACCCAAACUGACCAGAGGAUCCGGCUGUCUGGUAAAGGUAUACCACGGGUCAGCGGAUAUGGUUACGGUGACCACUACGUCCACAUCAAGAUCAAAAUACCCAAGAUGUUGACGGACCGACAGCGAGCACUUAUGAUGAGCUAUGCGGAGGACGAGUCUGAUGUGGAGGGAACCGUCAACGGAGUGACCAGCACCACUGCAGGUAAAAGAUCGGCUGGAAACUGAGAGACUUUGCCUUGCUAGUGGAGAUUGAGAAUUCACUGCAAACAUGAUGGACUUACAACACCGGAGUCUAACUCGGUUCCUGGAGAGCUGCAGCUCUGCAGAGUUUAGUUUCAGCCCUGCUUCAGCACACCUAUCUGUGGGUAUCAAACAAGCCUAAAGCACUUGUUAGUUGGAUCAGGUGUGUUAAAUUAGGGUUGGAACUAAACUGUGCAGAGCUGCGGCUGUCCAGGAAUUGAGUUUGACACCCCUGACUUACAAGAAGUAACAUGAACAGCAUUGAAUUCAUCUGGAAAACGCCUCAGAUACUACACAGAAUGAAGAGCUCUGGACAUACAAUUGACUUUUAAGAGCAGAUCAUUGAGGAUUUUGAUAAACGCACACAUGUACACUCUCAGAAAUAAAAGUACGCGAGCUGUCACUGGGGUGGUACCUUUUUGAAGGGAACACAUUUGUAUCCAAAGGGUGAAUAUUGGUACCUUAAAAGUAUAUGUUAGUACCUAUACAUUUUAAGAGGAACACUUUUGUACUACUUGGGUACUAUUGUACAUUUGAGAUGUUAAAAGGGACCUUUUAGAUACAAGUUUGAACAUUUUUGAAAAGGUACCACCCCAGUGACAGCUCGCGUACCUUUAUUUCUGAAAGUGUACAGUCUUACCUGAACUUUGUGUUAUCAGCCUUAGCACCCACAGCAAUGCUAUUUCUUGGCUUUGGUCGGUAAUUUUAUGUUAAGGUUUAUCACAGUCAGUUCUAUUUUCAGACAUUGGAAGUGGAUUGACUUCAGUAGAAUUAUUCAUUGGACAUUAAUGAAGCUCAUUGUUCAAGAUCUUUGUUUUGUGUUAAAAGGCUACAUCCGUCUGCUUUAGUUGCAGUGUAAAUAAACAACUGUUAAUAUUAAAUCAUUUUAAUGUGUUGUAGAGAACAAUAUGUAAUAAUUAAAAUCUCUGUGACAACUGUA